AUGGACAUGGGUGGUUUGCUCCGCGCCUCGAGGCCCCGCGCCCUGGCCUUCCCCGCCUCGCGCCUCUUCCUGCACUGCGACCGUUUCCCCGAGGAGUCCUCCAUCAUCGUCACCCUGCGGGUGCUCGCCGUCCCCACCAAGAGGAACGAGUACAUCUUCACGCUGAUGGCAGAGGAGAGCCCCGGCGUGCUGGUGGGGCUGCGCUACUCGCCCAGCAAGCUGCACUUCCUCUUCUGGAGCCCGGAGCGCGCCGGCGGCUGGCAGAACCGCGUCACCUUCCGCAAUGUCUCGCUGGCCGACAGCCGCUGGCACACGCUGGUGCUGGCCGUCUCCGGACAGUCCUUCUCGCUGUCGGUGGACUGCGGCCUCCCCAAGGACGUGGUGGUCGAGACGCCGUUUCCCGCUUCUCUGUCAGUGAAGAGAGCCAGCUUCUACCUGGGCAACAGGAGGAGGAGGAAAGGCUUCUUCACGGGCUUGCUGCGGCAGCUCGUCCUGCUGCCAGGAGCCGAUGCCACCCCUCGCAUCUGCACAGCCCUGAACCAUCAAGCCACAGCGCUCUCCAUCCCUGCAGUUCUCCAGGAUGUCCCGGUGAAGGCAGUGAGCAACGAGGUGCUGAAGUACCCGCAUGGAACCAACAUGAAGGUGACCCUGGGGUCCCGUCCACCCUGCACCAAGCAGGAGAAGGCACAGUUCUGGUUCAACGCCUCCCGGAGAGGGCUGUACCUCUGUGAUGGCAGUGCCUGGAUCUCCGUGCUGGAAGUCAAGCAGCGGCUGGACUACGUGGAAGAAUACCAGGACCUGGUGACCAACUCUGAGACAAUGGGUGUUGAGGUCUUCACCAUCCCGAGGGUUGGACUGUUUGCAGCCACUGCCAACCGGCACAGCCCCCCCGGAUCAGCCAUCUAUAAGUGGACCGAUGGGAAGUUUGUACUCUACCAGAACAUCCCCACCUACCAAGCUCAGUCCUGGAAGUAUUUCACCAUAGGCAAAAAGAUCUUCCUAGCAGUGGCUAAUUUUGAGCAGAAUGACAGGGGGCAGGAGUUCUCUGUAAUAUACAAGUGGAGCCACAGGAAGGAGAAGUUCGUCACCUAUCAGAGGAUCACCACGCACAGCGCAAGGGACUGGGAGGCGUUUGUCAUUGAGGGAGAGGCUUUCCUUGCAGUAGUCAACCACAGAGAAGGGAAUAACCACAACAUAGACAGCGUGAUAUACAGGUGGAACCCCGCCACGGGGCUCUUUGAAACCAACCAGACAAUCCCAACCUCUGGAGCCUAUGACUGGGAAUUUUUUGCUAUUGGGCCUUAUUCCUUCCUGGCCGUGGCCAACACGUUUAAUGGCACAUCCACAAACAUCUAUUCUCACAUCUACAUCUGGCUCAGUGGCUCUUUCCAGCUCUUCCAGUCUAUCCUGACUUUUGGGGCUGCUGACUGGGAGGUCUUCCACAUUGGGGACAGAGUCUUCCUGGCUGUAGCUAACAGCCAUAGCUACGACAGCAGGAUCCCAGCGCCCUCUAACUUCUAUGCCAUCAAUUCCUCCAUCUAUGAGCUGAACAUCACUGCCCAGAUGUUUGUCAAAUUCCAGGACCUCCUCACCUACAGUGCCCUGGACUGGGAGUUCUUCUCAGUGGGAGAUGACUACUUUCUGGUGGUAGCAAACUCCUUUGAUGGCUUCACCUUCUCCAUUAACAGCAUUAUCUACAGGUGGCAAGGCUAUGAAGGCUUCGUGGCAGCUCACCGCCUUCCCACUGUUGGCUGCAGAGAUUGGGAGGCAUUUAACACCACAGAGGGCUCCUAUCUCCUCUACUCCAGUGCCAAGGAGCCCCUUUCCAAGGUGCUCAAGCUGAAAACCACCUGAGGUGCCUGAGGCACACUCAGCUUCCUUGCCAGGAUGCGAGUGGGCUGGCCACUGAGGUGAGGACGGACCGAGGCACACUGAGAGCCUGGGCACAGCUGCAGUAUCCGUGGGGCUGUGUGUGCCACAGGACAGAAGGACGGGAGCUCCCAGGUCAGCCAUCUCCAGCCAAGGGUCCCAGAGCUCUGCUAUGGUGGCUGGAGCUCGUGCAAAGCUAGGGGAGAAGAAGCCUGAGCAGAGAACGUGCCGCUGGAUCGGGUGCAUGGUGUUGGGAGGAAAUGAUGUAUGAGAAGUUGGGGAAAUGCUGGCUUCAGGCUGACUCUGGUUGCCCAGUGCUUGGGGCCACGGUGUGCCAGGGCCCAUGGGCCUGAUGCUGCCCCACACUCUGUGUCUGGCUGCAGGCUGUGUCUGCAGGCUGAGCAAUGUGUGUGCAUCGUGCAAAGCCAUGGAUAUGUGCUGCAGCUGGCAGGCAGGUGUUGUGUCACUGCCAGCAUGGUGCAGGUGGCAGGGCAGGCCACCCUGACAUUGGCACUUGUUCAGAGGAUUUGGAGAUGUAUGUUGGCACAUCACUAGCAUCUACUGUCCAGUCUGAUGCUGGUUGUGCACUCCUUUGCACAUGGUUGGGGAUGCUUUUCCUUGCCUUUAUCUGGGGGCAUCUUUUGCUUAACCAGAGCUCAAAUAAACUGCUACACCCCCCACAAGCUGUGGCUACUGGA